AAAUAAAUAUGGAUUUGAUGAGAUUAUUAAUGUUGAGUGCAGGUAUAGUUAUGUUAGGGUUAGAGUGUGAGGGUGCAGGAAGAUUGUCCUAUAAUUUCUACAAAGAAUCAUGCCCACAAGUAGAGAAUAUUGUCCGAGAAGGAGUGCAUUCUGCCUCGAUCUUCGAUCCCACCACCUCCGCGGCUCUCUUGCGCCUUCUCUUUCACGACUGCCAAGUCCAGGGUUGUGAUGCCUCAAUCCUUCUCGAUGCACGGAACGAGCCGUCUGAGGUAGCCUCAUCAAAAAGUUUUGGGAUUAGAAAAAGAAACAUCGUCGACCUUAUAAAAGCAUCAUUGGAACAAGUAUGCCCGGGACAGGUUUCAUGUGCCGAUGUCCUAGUCUUGGCAACGAGAGACGCGGUCUCGCUAUCUGGAGGACCGAGAAUCAAUGUACCUCUGGGUCGUAGGGAUUCUCGUGGCCCUCCAAACGUUAGGUUGGCUGAUUCUUCGUUGCCACCUAACGAUAUUGGGCUCAAGGGCGCCCUCAAGCUCUUCUCCAAAAAAGGCAUGACCGUUGAAGAAACGGUUGCCAUUUUAGGGGCUCAUACCCUUGGAAUCACACAUUGUUUCAGCCUCAGGAGCCGUUUAUACAAGCCCGGCAAUGCAAUAAAUGCCGGGUUUGUAAACACAUUGAAGUUGAAGUGCCCACCUUAUGAUGGCAACACAACUUCGAAAAUCAAGUUCGUUGUAAAUGAUCUGACACCUAUACAAUUUGACAACGAGUACUUUGUGAACACGAUGCGAGGCCGAGGAGUGCUGAGCAUAGACGCUGCAUUGCCUUUGGAUUCAAGAACUAGGCCAUUUGUUGAGAAGUUUGCUAGUGAUCGCAAUGCAUUUUAUAGAGCUUUUUCAUCGGCUUUUGUUAAGCUCUCUUCUUCUAAUGUUCUAAUAGGAAAUCAAGGUGUGAUUAGGAGGAGUUGUAAUCGAGUUGAUUGAUUUUGAGAAGAAAUUUUCAAUAGAUUAAUAGGUUCUUAUGUUCUAAUAGGAAAUCAAGGUACGAUUAGUCGGGGUUGUAAUCGAUUAUAGAUUUGAUUGAAGUUAAGGAAUUUUCAAUAGGUUAAUAUGUUCUUAGUUA